AUGCAAGGAAGCACAAGCUGUCUUCUCAUCAACGAGAAAAACAAUGGUACAACCACUUCUACUUAUAAACUCCAUCCUUUGGUAAUGUUGAAUAUUUUGGAUCAUUAUCAAAGAGUUGCUUUUAAUUCAAAGACUGAUAUUAUUGGAUGUUUAUUUGGAGAGUUCAGAGAAGGAGGAUACUUUGAAAUUAAGAAUACUAUUCCUUUGAAAUUUACUGAAAAUACUACCGAUAUUGAUGUUUCCUAUUACAAAAAGAUGGAAAGCCUUCAUCAUCGUGUCUACUCUAAUGAUACACUUAUAGGUUUCUACACCAUUUCAACAUCGAAAACAACAGUUGAUAAACAAAUCUAUCAAUCUUUCAGUGAUAACAUCAUGAAGAGCCCACUCGUCCUUGAUUGUACUAUCAAUGUUCCACAAGGUAACGAAACAGUCACCGGAAGAUUAAUAGAUUUCAAAGGAUACAUGAAUAGAGAAUUGAAAUUCAAGGACAAAGUUGUUGGUACAUUGUUUGAACAAGUUAGAGUUGAAUACAUUAUGACUGAUAAUGAAAAGUUGUCAAUGAACUACCUCCAAACCAACAAGUAUUUGCAAAGCAAUAUUGUUUUACAACAAACUAUCCAACAAUUGAAGAAGGAUUUGGAAGAAAUUGGCAAGUAUUUGCAAUCUUCGAACAAGAAGAACUUUGAAUUGUACCACUUUUUGUUGUCUUCAUUCCAACUCUUGAAGCCAGUUGAUGACUUUGAUAAGACUAUUGGUCAACACAACAAGGACUUGCAAAUGAUUGUCUAUUUAUCACACCUCUUGCAACAAAACUUGAAGAUUAACGAACAAUUGACCACCACUUCACACGAGUUGUAA